AACGUACAUGAUUGAAAACAAGCAUGGUAUCAAAGACCCCAAAAGAUUUCUUAAAACAUCUAGAAAGUCAAUCAUUCGCAAAAUUGCACAACUCGUUGAUGAACACAACAUCAAAUUUAACCUGAGGUUUGAAGUCGAGUACACAAAAAAGACGAGUGGCGCGAUUGAACAGAAGAAUUUCAAAACUAAAAACAAGGAGAUUCUUCCAACUACAGACAUUUGGGUGUACGUUACAAAGGCAAUGAAAAAACUCUUGGCCGAAAUGGAUGAGUUUUACGCCAAGGGAUCUGGUUGGACCUUGCACAAAAUCCUCCACCUCGAGGUACGAAUUAAUCGUUACGUUCCACUCAGAGGCUCCAGUUACAUGGAACUACCCAAAAAGAUUGUUGACAAGAAAGCAGUCGUAAACAUAAUGAACAACGACCAGAAAUGUUUCGUAUGGUCGAUCUUGGCCGCGUUGCGUCCCGUGGACAGGCAAGCGCAGCCCCAGCGUAUCCAUCACUAUCAACCUUUUGAGCACGAGCUAGACACACAUCUGGACGGCAUCACUUUCCCUGUGAGUCUCGACAACGUCAAGUUGUUUGAAAAACGCUCUGGAAUAUCCGUCAACGUGUACUCGUACGAUAAGAAACUGGUCGUCUAUCCGUUGUACGUGACACGAAAAGAGAAAGACACGCUCGUGGACUUGCUGUAUAUUAGAGAUCAAAACAACUCUCACUACUGUUACAUCAAAAAUUUGAGCCGAUUAGUCAGUUCACAAAUUUCAAACCAUAUGCAUAGGACUUGGCUCUGCAAGCGCUGCCUCAUGCAUUACGGAACCGAGGAACUACUGAUCAAACACAAAGUGGACUGCAGCGAACACGAGGCGGUGAAAAUACUGACACCGAAAGAAGGCUCUACAGUACAAUUCAAGGACUUCAAACACGCGAUGAGAGUUCCGUUCGUGGCGUACGCUGAUUUCGAGUGUAUGCUGACUCCCGUAUCCAGCAGCAGCCGGGAUCCCGAUGCACGAAAUUCAUACACCGAAAAGUACCAGAAACAUGAAGCGGUUAGUUUCUCGUACUACUUCGUGUACUCUGACGGUGAUUACAAACCGCCCACUACGUAUUUCGGACCGGACGCUGCGCAAGUGUUCGUGGAAAGCAUCAUGAACGAUGCCAGGGAAAUAUUCCAACUUUACUCAAGAGCUGCUGCUGUACCGAUGGAGCUGACUCAAGACGACCUACACGAAAUAGCCAACGCUCGGCAGUGUCACAUCUGUGGCAAGUCUUUCAACGAUCCUGAUGAUUACAAAGUUCGCGAUCACGACCAUCUGACGGGGAAAUUCAGAGGUAUGGCUCACAACUCGUGUAACCUCAACUUCAAGAAACCGCAUUUCCUGCCAGUGUUUGUUCACAACCUGAGCGGAUACGACACCCACCUGUUUAUCAAGAUGUUUGGGCUCAACAACGAGACCAUCAAAGUUAUUCCAAACAACGAGGAACGUUACAUCUCCUACACCAUCGAGGUUGAGCGUGGAGUGAAGCUACGGUUCCUGGACUCGUUGAGGUUCAUGGCAAGCAGUCUAGACAAGUUGGCUAAGAACCUGUCUCCCGAUCAAUUUAAAAACAUUUCCAAAUUCUAUGACGGAGAGAAACUGGAACUGUUACUUAAAAAGGGUGUCUAUCCCUACGACUAUAUGGACGGUAUGGAGAAGUUUGAACGUUCGUCCCUGCCCGCGCAGAACGACUUUUACAACAAGCUGAACGAUGCUCACGUAAAGCCCGAAGACUACCAACAUGCGGUCAACGUUUGGAAUACGUUCAACAUACAGAACAUGAAAGACUACACACUGUUGUACAACCAAACGGACGUGCUCUUGCUGGCGGACAUUAUGGAGAACUUCCGCGACGUUUGCAUGCAGACGUACCAGCUCGACCCUGCUUGGUACUACACGGCUCCCGGACUCGCGUGGAGUGCGAUGCUCAAGACCACCGGCAUAAAACUCGACCUGCUCAAUGACUACAACAUGAUCCUGAUGAUCGGCAAGGGCAUUCGAGGCGGAGUGUCACAGUGCUCUAACCGGUACGCCGCAGCCAACAACCCUUACAUGGAAGAUUUCGAUGAGGACCAGCCGACUUCCUACCUGACGUACUUGGACGCCAAUAAUCUGUACGGCUGGGCAAUGAGUCAAGACAUGCCGUAUAAGAACUUCAAGUGGUGCAAAACCGACAUUGACGUUACAAAAGUUCCGGAUGACGCACCAACUGGCUACAUUCUGGAAGUCGACUUGGUGUAUCCCAAUAAUUUGCACGACUUGCACUCCGACUUGCCUCUGGCUCCUGAACGUCGAGUACCGCCGGGAUCGAAAGAAGAAAAGUUACUCACCACACUGUUUGAGAAGGAAAAAUAUGUUGUCCACUACAGGAAUCUAAAACAGUAUCUAUCACUCGGCAUAGUCCACAGAGUGCUGAGUUUCAGUCAAUCUGCCUGGCUCAAGCCCUACAUCGACUUGAACACUGAGAUGCGUACGCAAGCCAGGAACGAGUUUGAGAAAGAUUUCUUCAAGCUCAUGAAUAACAGCGUUUUCGGUAAGACGAUGGAAAACAUCCGGAACAGAGUUGACAUCAGACUGGCUACGAAAGGGAAGCAGGUUGACAAGUGGACGGCACAACCCAACUUCAGGAGCCGUACAAUAUUUACCGAACAGUUGGCAGCCGUUCACAUGUCUAAAACGAAAUUGAUGUUCAAUAAAGCAAUCUACGUCGGCAUGAGCAUUCUGGACGUGUCGAAAACGCUGAUGUACGACUUCCACUACAACGUCAUCAAGAGGCGGUACGGUCACAAAGCCCAACUUCAAUAUACAGACACCGACUCGCUGACGUACCACAUCCAGACGGUCGACUUGUACAAUGACAUCAAAGACAUGAUCGAUCUGUUCGACACCAGCGACUACCCCCAGCCAAACCGUUACAACAUGCCUCGAGUCAACAAAAAGGUACUAGGGAAGAUGAAAGACGAGCUCAACGGCAGAGUAAUGUACGAGCACGUAGGACUCCGCUCGAAAAUGUACUCCAGCAGAUCCGAAGGCGGAGUGAUCAAAAAGUCGAAAGGAGUUAAAAAGACAACGAUCGAAAACCAUCUGACCUUUGACGAUUACAAACAGUGUCUGUUCGACAGAGGUGUACAGUACGGUUCGAUGAACAUGAUCUGGAGCUUUAAACACGACCUAUACAGCGUUGAACUCAAAAAGAUUGUUCUGUCACCUCACGAUGACAAACGCUACAUCCAAGACGACGGCAUCGGGACUCUGCCCUGGGGACACUACAGCAUCCCCGUAGAAGUUAUGGCUGAGCUGGAAAUCCAGUCUGCUCUGUCGACACAGUGAGACUACCUACGGUAAAAACAAAUGUAAAUAUAAAAAAAAAACUGUUUGGCUGUACGUAAAUAUUUUCACACAUUGUAUUUAAAUAAAAUGUAUAUAUUUUUUGUUGUUGUUGUGGAUUUUCUUUUCAGAUUAAUGUACUCUGUGUUUAUAAUCACAAAAGUCUGAUAGGCUAUAAAAUUAAUGAUUAAUUAAAAAUUAAGUGGAAGCAAACGAGCUGUAAUCUGUAAGGUCGUGACCCAAGAUAAACCGUUCCGAGUGUUGCGAAUAAUAAGUGUUUGGUAUAUUAAACUAUGAUGUAUCUCUAGCUACAGAAUAUGUUGUUAAGUAGACCAUCUUACAUUGAUAAUCUAAUCAUUCUUCCUCUUUCAUUAGAAGCAGAUCAUUCAUAACAGAAAAAAUAAGUGUUUUAUAUCAAUUUAGAAAAAUACGCAUAUUAAGUUAACCUAUGUUGUCUACCUAUACUUUGUCAGGAUAGAUACUAUUUGAUACUAGAAUAUAUACUAAAAAAGGACUUUAUGCAACGCUUUAAUUAGUUACUAAUUAAUUAAUUAACUUAAUUAAUCUUUGUAACUUGUACAGUAACAAGCACUUGUAGCAGUAGCAAGCUUGUUUUUUAUUUAUUUCCCUGUAAUCAGGGAAUAGGCUUGUUCUCACUAAACAAACAUCACAAUAGUACCAUUUACAUACAGUUCACAGGCAAUAUACUGAUACAGAGUCAAACUCAAUGGGCUAUGUGAAUAAAAACUAGUAUAUGUACGCUACCUUUGAAUCGGAUCUGGAUGUUUGAAAAUUUCUUCAAGGAUAGCCUAACUAAAACUAUAAUUGUUUUCCUAUUUACAAUUCCCUAAUAAUUAGGGAUUAUUAUUAAAUUAAAUUAUUUAUUAACAAUAUCGGCAGUGCUAUACCUAUGAAUAUUGCAAAUUUAAAUAUAACAGUGUAUGACAUACAACAUUUGUAAUUUUGCACACAAUUUAAUUGUAAUGCAUGGGCUGUGUUCUUCCGUGGUUAGUACGUAGCUUGAACACUGAAAAUUAUGUAAUGAAAUUGUAUCGAAUAUUGAAAAUGUUACAAAUUCAACCAAACUUUCUUCAAACGAAUCAAACACAAGUAUAAAUAGGCAAAAUUAACGUUACCUUAACUUCACAAUUGGAUAAUAUGUACUUACGAGUCACGUGGAAAUUCCUAAUCACGUAAAAGUAUUUUUUUUCUCAAUUUAAAAAUAACACACGACGAUAAAGUAAACGCGUCGCGGUACUUCAGUAAUGAACGCUACAGCCGUGAGAAGGCUAUUGCAUGUGGGAUAGUUGUUCGGACUGUUCUGACCACAGAUAACCUAUUGGGCGCAGAUAACACUGUGUGUACAAAUAUUAUAGUAUUAGACCUGCUUUACUAAAACACGUAUUG